AUGUCAACCGCUCCCUCGCUCGUACUUCCCGCCCCACCGCAAGCCCCGCCCACAGACCCGUCCACUGCUGCUGCUCUCGCUCGUCCUCCCUCUGCUGCCUCGACCGCUUCCUCCGAAGGAACUGUUCGCGCUACUGACGCUGGAACGGGCGAAGGAGGCGUGAAGGAAGUCAGCGUCGAUGACUUGACUCGCGAGCUCUCCGACUUGUCCGACCUUAUCUCGACGCUCUCAAGCGACUUCACCGCCGUCCUCACCCUUCGCGACCGAACCAUCUCGCUCGGGCUGUCCUGUCCCUCUUCAGACCUUGUCGACCUAGCCUCCCAGACGACCACCCUCGGUUCCUCCCUCCUAACCCUCCUCAGCGCAACACACACGACCUCCCUGCGCCUCUCCCGCCUCACUGCCCUCGCCCAACUAGGCACCCUCGCGCUCCUCCCCUCCGAAUCCGCCCAACUGACCGAAUCGCUCGAAGUCUGCCACCUCGAGUCUUCCGCGCUCAUCGAGCGCGUGAGGAAAGCAGCGUGGGAGGAGGUGGAUGCGAGGGAGAGUGGGAGGAGGAGGGUGGAGGAGAGGGUUAGGAUGGAGAAUCCGGCGUUGGGGGAGGAGGGAGUCGAGAUGGCUGUGAGGACGGCGUUUGUGGGUGCGCAGAGGAGGGUUGGGGAGUUGGACGUCUGGAGUUACGCUGGCCGCGUCGCAGCAGAGAACCCGGCCACCGAACUCGCGCACCUCCUCGACGACGCGCUCGACUCACAAGCAGCCCAGUCUUCCACCGCCGAUCCACUCUCCCGCCACCCCUCGCAGCACUCAACUGCCACUUCCCUCACGCUCGUCGAUCCCUUCGCAGACCCGUCUUCUUCGUCAGCCGACGUAUACGCGAAGUUUGACGAGGACGUGGAGAGUCAGCCGUUGAAUAGGAUGGCGAGUAGUGCGAGUUCGCGCGGUCCGAAAGGUGGAAUGCUUGCGGUGGAGGAUGAAGAGGCGGAAGGAGUGAAGGAAGGGUGGGUCGCGAGGGUGAGAAGAAAGUGGAGGGAUUGGGCGGUUCGCACAGGACUCGUCGUGAGCGUCGUUGGGUUGAUCGUCGGCGUAACAGUCUACGAAUCCCUCUCGCAAUCCUCCUCGCAACACCCCUCGUCCUCCGCCUCCUCAGCGCUGCCCUCCGCAACAGCUUCUCGCUCCUGA